AUGGAUCAGCAGCAGUACUGCCUCAAAUGGAGCAACUACUCGUCGAACCUGGCGGCGGCCUUCUCCAACCUGUUCGACUCCGCCAUACUCACCGAUGUCACGCUGGUCUGUGGAGAAACGGUAUUCAAAGCGCACAAAGUCAUACUGGCGGCAUGCUCGAAAAACUUUGCCGAUCUGUUCGAGCGAGCGCCGGUCGGCCCGGGACAGAUCAUCGUCAUGCUAGAGGCCACGUCCGCGGACAACAUGCACGCCCUGCUCGAGUUCAUGUACAAGGGCGAGGUGCACGUGUCCCAGAAGGCACUCGAGAGCUUUCUGAAGGCGGCCGAGAACUUGCAGGUUAAGGGACUCACCACGGAGCACGGACGGUUUGCGAGUGCCAACGCAAACAGCAGCCAGCAGCCACAACAGUCGUCAUCGUUCCACGACCCGCCGAACGAUUUGCCAUCGCCCGCCAUCCGCCGACAGCAGCGCAACAGCCUCUCGUCCUCGCUAGAGUCGAUCAAUCGGGCGGUGAAGCGCGAAACGGACAGCAUAGUGGGCAGUGUGGGCAGCGGAAGUAGUGGUGCGGGCGCGAACCACGGCACGGGAAGUGCGACGGAUCGGUGUCCAGGCGCGUCCAGCGGUGGCGGUGGCGGCCGCAACAGCGACCGAAGCGACGGCGCUAGUGGAGGCGGCGCAGGAGAACGUGGUGGUGGCGGUGGCGGCGGAAGUACGCCUUCGUCCAACUUUUCACCAUACUUGCAGCCGUCCUACCUGCAGCCGGCGUCCUACGAUAGCCGGAAGCGUGCCCUUCGCAGUCCGUUCUACGAGCACCAGGAGGCGACCCGGGACAGUGUGCUGCGGGACGGGAAAGCGAGCGCCGGCAACGGCAGUCCAGUGAGUGGCAGCAAAAACUAUCGCCCGUCCAGCAGCGGUUCCUCGGUAACGCCCACGGAGGCUGACACCAUCCACCCGGACCGGGACUCGCCGCAGCAGUCCAACCGCUACGAAAAUCACAGCCCCAGCACAACCCAUCAUGGCCAUGGCAACGGACCGGUAUCGUCGAACACGAUGGAUCGGGAUGAUCGGAACGAUCACAAUGGAUCGAUCGACAAGGUGAAAAACGAAUGCACGGAAGGAAUGGAGGCACGGGCGGAAGACUUGCGGGUGAAAAUGGAACUGCGGCCCAUCCAGUCACCGCUGCGAUCGUCGGCCCCGUCGACACCGACGACACCGGUCGGCUUCAUGCACGUCAAAGGUGGCCUGGAGGCUUCGAUACCGUCGGCCGAGAUGAUGGGCGUGCUGAGUGCACCGCGGGACAGUGUCACCACGGCGGACGUGUUUGCUUACGUUCCAGGCAAAAAGCUGCAGUGCCCACUGUGCGAUCGGCAGUACGGUUACGAGACGAAUCUGCGGGCGCACAUCCGCCAGCGGCAUCAGGGAAUUCGCGUGCCAUGCCCGUACUGCAGUCGAACCUUCACCCGCAAUAACACCGUCAGAAGGCACAUCGCGCGGGAGCACAAGCAGCAGACGCAGUUCCUGCCGAGCCAGCUGCACAGCUAA